CAUUAUUCCACGACCUCAAAUUGGUUGUGUAAGGUAAGUACGCCAAAAUCAGCGCACAGUUGAAUUAUUGCCUCCUUGCCUGUUACAGUAAUCUUUAAUUUCACAUGAAUAAACAAAAUAAAGAUUGAACAUACCAUCGAAAAAGCAAAUCUGAUUAAAGUAAUUUCUCAAUCAAUCGCUUUCUUAUCUUUCAAUUGAAUCGAAAGACUAAAAGAGAGACAAAUCAAGAACAAAACUAAUCGGAGAUCUGAGCACGGCGGUCCUAAUAUUUGAUCACCAGUGAUGUCUUCGAACAGUACUGGUUUUGCGAUCCCGGAAACUUCAGGAUUCGCGAUCUCCCCUACAAACGCUGCUACUCCUUGUACGAAACCGCAGGAUCCUAAGGACGUUGGUGUGUUGUCAGCAUCAAGCAAAAACACCGCUGUGACUUCAACUCCAUCAACAUCGAAACUAGUAGCGACUAAAAACAAGCCAGCAAAAUUGACAUCGACUGUGGAAAUGAAAACAAAGAAUGAAACAUCGAGCGGAGCCGAAAGCAAGAAACCUUCAACAUCGAACCCCUCCAAAACCUCCUCCAACAAGAAAGAUGACAAACUGCAAUUAACUGUAAAAAAGGAGAAGACAUCCGCAGCACUUGUCAGUUCCACGACAUCGACCACAACGGAGGGUGAUGCUACGGGUUCCACUAAACUGCCAGUGCACCCUCAUGCUUCUUGGGGAGCAGAAGAUGCUAAUGGUGGUAUUGUCAAGCCUCAUGACCACGAUGUUCUUUCUGGACGAGGAAAUAGUGUCAAUCACCAUCCUGGGAACGAAUAUUUUCGUUCCCUGGUUCGACACCACAAAUUAGCUUACGUCCGGUGUCCCAAGCCACAAAAAGAACAGUUUUCCAAGCUGAUUGUUUCCACCGUUCGCGAUCGGGAGCCUCCUGGGCGCUUUCUGAAGCAAAAUCCUUCCACAAAGCUCUGGUACAACAUAGGUACCCAGAAGGCCCUUGACAAGACCCGCCAGGCACUCAGGGAGGGGGCCCCUGCCACCGUAGCGGGUCUCAUGCUCUCACAGGGCCUGACGCCAUCUGCGGCUGCUGCAGCAGGUCUGACCCCAUCGCAAGCUGUCAGCAGCAUGUCUGGAGAGGGUGAGAUGGGAAACAAAGGUUCUGCAUCUACCGGUGGGACCAAUCCCUUUUUGAAUCAUUCUCACCACGCCGCUGCACAUCAUGCGGCAGCAGCUGCCGCUGUCGCCAAUCAGCAACAAGCACAUCAGCAGCAUCAACAACAUGCUGCCAUGGCAGCCGCCGCCCAUAGCCGAUUGGUUAACAGUCAGUAUUACAACGCUGCGGCCGCCGCUGCAGCGGCUGGAAAUUAUACCAAUUCCCCGAAAGUGGCACCUCCCAUGCCACCAUCAUCUGUUGCAUCUUCCGGAACCGCCAUAUUGGAAGGAGCCGGCAAUACUAGCGAUAACAAAUCUUCGACGAAAAAGACGCCACCUCCACCGCAAUCCCCAACACAUGGUGCUAUCAAUCCUCACCAGCAACCGCCUCCUUCUAAUCCCUAUCCUCCCUCCGCAAACUCAGAUGAGGCAUUGAAGUACCAAGCUGCCCAGGUAAUCCGAAUGGCAUCUGCUGCAACUGCAGGAAAUAACACUCCUACUAACAAUAAAACCAAUGGGAAUGGCAAUCCUAGCAAUCCACCUGGAAGCUUUGCUAAUUCUGCGGCCUUAGCUGCUGCGGCCGGAACCUUUAAUCCGGUCCUCCUGGAACACAUCAUGGCUCAACACGCUCGGGGUACUGGAGGAGCAGGUAGCAAUUUGCCACCUCCUGGUGGAGGAGGAAUGGAUUGGAAUGCUGGAAGGCAGGCGCCUACCCCAGCAGGACGUGGCGGAGAUUAUCCUGGGCAAUAUUUGGCGUAUCCACCACCACCGCCGCCACCAUCGAGCAGUGGCCAACACGAGGACGCAUAUACCAAAAGUCAGCGCCAAGAAGCAUAUAUUGCCCACCUUCAGGAACGUAUCCAACAACAAGAACGACAAUUGCUGACUCUAUGCUCCCAUAUUCUGCUUUCGCCCUCCGGAGCACCACCCAUGGCCAACGCCAAUCCCAACAACGGAAAUAGUAGUGUGGGCGGUACCAACGGCAAUUCUCAUCACGGAGGUAUUUCUCAUCCACAGUUUGCAGCAGCUGCCAAAAUGAAUGCUGCAGCUGCCGUCGCCAAUAUCAAUGCUACAACUUCUGCAGUCAAGGAACUUCAAAACUAUGCGCAAAACAACCAAAACACUCCCAAUGCAACAGCUAGUGCGAGCGCAAUGAUAGCGAGAGAACGAGCGAACGAACACAAUGCUGUCCACCGCCACGCCGCAGCAAUUGCAGCAGCAGCUGCUGCUUCCAACGCAGGCAAAGCCGGGGUUGGUGUUGCUCCCCACCUGCCCGUGUCAUAUGUGGUCAGUCAACCCCCUUCUUCGAGCGUGACAGUCAGUUCUUCCCCAACCGUCACACCUACCACUGCUGGCACAAGUGCCGCGACCAGUAACUCCUCAACGGUUCCUGCGCCUUCCAACAGUAGUAAGAAAAACACCCAAAGCAGCAGUCUUAAAAUGAAUAAGGAGAAGAAGAGCGGUGGAUCAGCAGCCACAGUAGUGACGAAGACUAAACCUGCUUCAGAGAAAUCGAAUCAACCAACGGAUGACGGGGAUGCUGUAGCAGCGUUGCUGGCUCUCGGAAUUGGUGGGAAAUCCCCUUCUUCGUCAUCACCGGUAGGAGCAAGUGCUCUUUCAUCUAGGGGAGCUGGAGCCACGUUGACAGGUGGAGAUAAGACAGCAGAUGAGGCAUUUUCGGCUUCGGCUUCUAAAAAGAAAAGAAAAAUGUCAGGUGGACGGCGGAGUCUGCCCAUCAAAAAGAAGCAAAUCCAGCAACAACAGGAAAUCAAUAAGAACAAUAAUAAUAACGCAGGUGGCAGUUUCUUGGGGCCAACACCACCGCAGCAGCAACAACAUAAACAGCAGCAGCAAAACGGUGCUACAAUACCACCGACAAUGAAUUCCAUUAUACUUGCCCAGAACCGUGGUGCAGUUAUUCCAAAAGCUGCCGACAUGGCUCCGGCACCGGAACUUUAUCUCUAUGGAGAGACGCCAAUUCAUGAACCACAUGUGCAUGUAAGUCCUCGAUUAGAUCUCUAUACCGUGUCAUUCCUCAUGUUCUAAGUUUUGAAUCUGCGUUUUGCUUUGCCAUUAACAAAAUCUCAUUUCAUUUAAUCAUUUGUUGCUCGAUUUUCGUUCUUCCUCCGAACAAAAGGACGUCCUUUGUGGCCGUGGAGCUUUGACAAACGAACACCCAGGCAACGAGUGGUUCAGAAGAUUGGUUCGCAGCAAUCGGCAGCUUUACAGGAGCUGUCCCAAGCAUACCAAGCUGUUAGUCGCGAAGGCGAUCGUGCAAGCGGUACAGCGAACACAAAGGAAUCCACCGGGGAGAUUUCUAGAAAAGACGAAAACUGCGGAUGGAUCUGUGAGCAACACAUGGACACCAAUCACGUAUAAGAGCGCUGUUGAGAAGGCUUCCCAGGCCUUACGAGAGAAGGUAACGCCAAACUGGGGAGCUCCACCAUCAAACUUCCCUCUUUCCAAGGCUCUGGAAGCAGCGAGAGCAGUGGCAUAUCUUGAGAAAGAGUAUCCAUCAGGGGACGGGUUUGGUGGGACAAAUCUAUUGGCCUUAAUAAUGGCUGUGGUGCAAUCAGCUGGUCUAGAUUAGUACGUUAAUUUAUGUUGGGCGGGAACUGGAGCCAUUCAUUUAAUGGAGAAACUAUCACUUAUUAUUUGAAAAGUGGAUUUUCGCCAUUCGGUAUGGUUAUGUUAAUGAUCUGGAAUUUCGAGUUUUGUGAAGAACAGAAAUACAACAUUGAUAAAAUACAAAAUAGGAUAUCAAUAAGAAUCAAACGAAUAUAAACAAGUCCUGAUU